AUGGCUAUUACGAGCAGAAUCGCAGAAUCGGAUGCAGAACGUGAAAGAGUGCAACGAUUCGAACGAGAGACCCGGAAGCGCCUUUUUCAUUUAAUCGAUUUUGCACCAACUGUGUCCCCAACUGUUGUAUACCAUAAGGAUAAAGUGAUUACCGUUGUCUUAGGCAUCCCUGAACAAAUUUCAUAG